CUGCCAGUCCACCAGAGCGGAGCGAGGCAGCGGAGCCGAGAAACGGAGAAAUAUUAACCAAUAGGAUUGCACAAAAUCUCCGCUCCUCUUAAGUGGACAGGGACUUGCGAGCUAGUUUAAAAUUUCAUAUAAAACCGGUAAGCGGAGCGGGGAAACGGAGCGGGGAAACGUGCGGGGAUGCGGAGCGGGGAAGCGAGUGCGGGCGCGGGCGCACUUUGCGCCGGCAGUGUGCCGCCGUAUUCCGACCAGUGCGUAUGUGACCGAAGAUAAUGGAUGAAAAACUUAUUGAAAGUGUGAAAAAGUUUCCGUGCAUUUGGAACACAUCUUCAGAAUUUUACAAAUGCAACGAAACAAAAGAUGCUGCGUGGGACCAAAUUAUCAUUGAAACAAACAUAUCGGAUGUUACAACUGCCAAGUCGCGAUGGAAACAACUGAGAGAUAACCAUCGGGAUGCCUUAAAAAGACAAAAUGCAACAAGGAGUGGACAGGCUAGAAAACAACGAAAAGAAUGGAAAUAUCAAAAAGCCAUGUCAUUUUUAUUGCCUUACAUGAGUAACAGAGACCGGUCAACAAAUUUUACGCCCCUGGACCACUCAGUAAGCGAAACUUCAAAUCCGCCAAAUACCAUUGAAGAGAGUUCACGGGAAUCAUGCAAUUUUUUGCCAUCAAAUUCAAAUAAUCUUCCUUUUGCCGAUGAUCCUAAGAAUCCAACAGCUUCGGAAUCUCUUCCAUCAACAUCCAAAAAAAGAAAGAACGAUGAAAUUCUAGAUUAUUUAAAAAAAAAUCAAGAACGCCGCGAAGUGUUGGAACGAGAACGGAUAGAACUUAAAAACAUGAUGUCAGCCAGUGAUAAAUACGAUGAAAUAGACUUAUUUUUUUUAAAUUUGGCUGCAUCGACAAAAAAGCUGCCGUAUUAUUUUCAACUUCAAAUUAAAAAAACCUGCUUUAAUGCGGUAAUGUCAGCUGAAGAAAGUAAUCUUCAACAUAGUUGGUAUUCUCCGAAUAAUUAUGGUUAUUCUACAGGCUCAACACCUACAUCAGAUAACAUCAACACUAGUAUCGAUACUCCUAGUGCUUCAGAUAAUAUCAACACUAGUAUCAAUAUUCCUAGUGCUUCAGAUAAUAUCAACACUAGUCUUAAUAUUCCUAGUGCUUCAGAUAAUACCAACACUAGUGUCAAUAUUCCUAGUGCUUCAGAUAAUAUUAACACUAGUAUCAUUAAUCCUAGCGCUUUACAAAUUCCAACAACCCAGGAUAUUGAAACAUCUGCAGCAGAGCCAACAGAACCCAAUGAAAAUGCGGUCAAUUUUGAGACAGAUUACGAUUUUUAAAUUAAUAUAACAUGGCUUCUAUAACUGUAUGCAAAAAUAAAAGUUACUUUGAUUUAAAAUGUGUACUUACUUUAAACACACCGCUAAUCUUUCACGGCUACUAAUUCAAUUUCUGUAAUUUGUGUCUUGUUUCCGAAUAUAUGGUUCAAUCAGGGAGUGAAGUUCAUAAAAAGUACAUCUUGAAACUCUAUAAGAAUUUUCGAAAGUUUCUUCAUCAGCUGUUUGGAAAAAAGUAAAAUAUUCACUGUGUUCUGAACGAUGUUUGAUAUGAUUUCUUAACCAAAAUCUAUGUUUCCUCAUAGAAUUGUUCAAAUGGUAUAUGGUAAGUAUUUCGGCUUCUUCUGACUCCAACUCUUCUUCCUCAAGCAAUGUAAGGUAAUAAUGUAUCAACUUUUUCGAUGGCAUGUCUGCUAUCACUGACAUUUCGCGUAGAACUAAACCAAUCGCCCCACGCCGGGAGCUCGAAAUCACUCGUCGCGUACUUGCUGC